GCACAGAGCUCAGAGCCCCUGCCCUUCCCCCGCCCCCACCACCAGCCCUUCUUCUCUUCUCAUUAGCCGACGAAAACCAACCCCAAAAAGAAAUCCUUUCACCUUCACCCAAAGACCCAAUUCUGUCUUCUUCUUUCUUUAUUCAAUUCGUUCAAUCUCGCUCACUCUCAUUCUUGACUUUCUUGUUUCGAUCGGAUCUGGGGGAAGGAUUGAGGACGGACAGGGCAGCAGGGAGAAAGGGAGGAGAGGAGAGGAGAGGAGAGGAGAGAGCUCCCCCACCCUGUUCACAGAGAAAAGCCACUGUCCUUCUGCCCCUCUUCUGCCUCAUCACACAAAGCUGUUCCGCUUUCUCCUUUGUCAUCUGAGGUUUCUUUUUUCAUCUAGGUCUCUCAUUUAUUCCUCCAGCCUUUUCACACAAGUCAUGAGACCCUGCUUUCCGUCCAUUGCUGUUCCAAGGCUGUGAUCAGUGCGACGAAAUAAUUGCUUGAUGGAUUCACUUGUUGAUGGAGCCAUCGCUCCGUCAUUGAUAUCUCAGAAUUCAGUAGCUUGCGGCAAAGCUUCUUCAUCGUCGGGCACUCCUCGGUCCUCUCGCCCUCCAUCUCCUAGACAACCUCGGAGCGAGACAUCCUCAUCGUCCAGUCAGAACACAAGAACAAUCCGGCAACCAAACCGGUCGUCCCCUGACCAGAAGCAUCCGGACAAGCCCCACUGUACUACUCCAAGUGGAGAAGAAUUGCCCAGCUUGGCAAAGCAGUUCUACAGCCAGAACAAGACUGGCGUCACUAAUAAAACUCUAGAGCCCUCUUCCAAGAACCCCGAGCCAUUGACAAAGCCUAAAUCUUUGUCUAAGCAAUCUAGUGAUAAUGAUUCCGAGAAUUCUGACUCGAGCACCUUACAAGAACCUGAAAGCAACGGGCACCAACAGGGCAACAGGCAUUUAAAACCUCCGUUACCAGAGACUAACUUCUGUUCGAGUCCUCAGAAUAGCUUAUAUGCCGCAACUUUAUACACAGAAGCCAAGGAGAGCUUCACAAACACGGAAGUUAGCGAGUCACUUAGCAGCGUUGAGAAAGCUGAUGUUGUUGAGAGCAGGAAGACAAGCAUUUAUCGGGGAAGCACAGGGAGUGAUCUGAGCGAUGAGAGCAGCUCAAGCAGCCUAAGCAGUGCAAUCUACAAACCACACAAGGCCAACGACGUUAGGUGGGAAGCAAUACAACUAGCCCGGUCCCAUUAUGGAGUUUUGGGCUUGGAUCAUUUUAGGCUGCUAAAGAAGUUGGGAUCUGGAGAUAUUGGGAGUGUUUAUUUGUCCGAGUUGAAAGGAACAAGGAGUUAUUUUGCGAUGAAGGUUAUGGAUAAGGCCGCUCUUGCAGGGAGGAAGAAGCUACUGAGGGCGCAGACAGAAAGGGAGAUCUUGCAGUCUCUCGACCAUCCUUUUCUUCCAACUCUGUACGCUCAUUUUGAAACCGAAAAGCACUCUUGUCUAGUCAUGGAGUUCUGUCCUGGGGGCGACUUGCACAAUCUCAGGCAGAGGCAGCCUGGGAAAUACUUCCCCGAGAAUGCUGCGAGGUUUUAUGUGGCAGAGGUCCUCCUUGCAUUAGAGUACCUCCACAUGCUUGGGAUCAUCUACAGAGAUCUAAAACCCGAGAACGUCCUUGUGCGAGAAGAUGGCCACAUUAUGCUUUCAGAUUUCGACCUCUCCCUCAGAUGCGUCGUCUGCCCAACUCUGGUCAAAUUCUCGAACUCAGGCCUUGACCCAAAGGGCUCAGGCUACUGCGUCCAGCCUGCCUGUAUCGAACCGCCAACUUGUGUCAUGCAGCCUGACUGCAUCCAGCCAGCCUGCUUCGGGCCCCGCUUUUUAUCUAGCAAGUCCAGGAAGGAGAAGAAAGUGAAAGCCAAGCCCAAACCCAGGAAUGAGGUGAACCAUCAGGUGAGCCCGCUUCCGGAGCUCAUUGCGGAGCCCACAAGUGCCCGGUCCAUGUCCUUUGUGGGCACCCACGAAUACUUGGCCCCCGAGAUCAUCAAGGGUGAGGGCCAUGGGAGUGCGGUGGACUGGUGGACCUUUGGGAUAUUCCUAUACGAACUUCUCUUCGGGAAGACGCCCUUUAAGGGGCAUGGGAACCGGGCAACAUUAUUCAAUGUGGUCGGUCAGCCCCUGAGGUUCCCUGAGUCGCCCUCUGUCAGCUUCGCAGCACGGGACUUGAUUAGGGGCCUGCUCGUGAAGGAGCCCCAGAACAGGCUGGCCUACAGGCGUGGGGCAACUGAGAUCAAGCAGCAUCCGUUCUUCCAGAGCGUGAACUGGGCAUUGAUCCGAUGUGCGAGCCCACCCGACGUGCCCAAGCCAGUGGCAAUUGAUUUCCCGGUGGGCCCACCGAGCGGCCCUCCUCCUCAACAGGUGGCCCCUGCACCUGGGGAGGUCCCGGGCAUUGAUAUGAAGCCUGCGGGUAAUUAUUAUGAGAUCGAUUUUUUCUGAACCUCUUCGCGGGACACAUAUCUCUCUGUCCCUCUCCGUCCGUCAAUUUCUCCGAUUGUCUUUCGUUGUACCCUCAAAUGUAUAUCGUGCUUCGAUAGCUCAUCCUGUGUUUCGAGGGGGAUUCGAUGUUGUAUUGUUCCUACUUCACGGUUGUUUGUAGCUGCUCCUACAUUGUAUUGAGACCGGAACAUCACUGACUCUUCCGUCUGUUUGUGCAAAAUGAGGAAAUUCAGGAGUUUUCCCUGCGAUGUCACUUUUGACGU